AUGCAACACCGUGACUGCUCAAUCAGGUCACGUGAAGUCGGUCAGGAGUCUCCCAGGCGUGGGCUUCACCAUGGCUUCACCCCAGGGCCAGUCCCUCUCAGACUAUCUCCCCUCUACCUUUCAUAUGCCACCAGUGAGAGAGUUCUGUUUCCGGUGCGCUCCGGUGCACAAGCACUGUCUUUACGCCUGGACUCUGCGAGCGAGCCUCUCGUGGAGGAGGCGCAUUCAGAGGAUGAGGACAUCACGGAGCUACAGCAGCAGUGUGUGAGAGAGGGAAGCCACUAG